CAAUCAGCAGCGGGGGGAGGCGGGUUAGUGCACUCUGAUAUCUCACGUGACGCUCCUCAGUAGUUCCCAGGCGGUCGGAGCGGAGAGCCGGAGAUUAUGGAUCAGAGGGUCGGGUUGUUCGUUCUUCUGGCGUUGGGCCUCCUCUGCCUCACCUUGACGCCCGUCUCCCGGGCCGAGGACCUGAUUGAGGACAGUCUGGGCGACGACGUGGACGUGGAGGAUGAGCUGGAUCUGGGUUUAGCCGGAGCCGAUGAGGACGACGAGCUGGACGGAGACGUGGAGGACGAAGCUCCGUCUGCUCCUAAAACCCCUCCCACACCGAAGGUGACCUACAAAGCUCCAGAGCCCAUGGGGGAACAUUUCUUCGCUGAGUCUUUUGACCGGGGGACACUUGACGGGUGGGUGAUGUCCAGCGCCAAGAAGGACGACGCCGAUGAGGACAUCGCCAAGUAUGACGGUAAAUGGUCGGUGGAGGAGAUGAAGGACUCGAAGCUGCCUGGAGAUAAAGGUCUGGUCCUGAAGUCUCGAGCCAAACACCACGCCAUCUCAGCCCAGCUGCUCCGGCCUUUUGUCUUCGACACCCAGCCGCUCAUCAUCCAGUAUGAGGUGAACUUCCAGGCCGGGAUCGACUGUGGCGGCGCCUACGUCAAGCUGCUGAGCCAGACUCCAGAUCUGGACCUGGACCAGUUUGUGGAUAAAACUCCGUACACCAUCAUGUUUGGACCCGACAAAUGUGGAGAAGAUUACAAGCUGCACUUCAUCUUCAGGCACAAGAACCCCAAAACGGGAGAGUACGAAGAGAAACACGCCAAGAAGCCGGACGCCGACCUGAGGACGUAUUUCACCGACAAGAAGACUCACCUGUACACUCUGGCGGUGAACCCUGACAACAGCUUUGAGGUGCUGGUGGACCAGACGGUGGUGAACAGCGGCAGCCUGCUGACAGACAUGACCCCCCCAGUGAACCCCCCAGCAGAGAUAGAAGAUCCUGAAGACCACAAACCAGAGGACUGGGAUGAGAGGCCCAAGAUCCAGGACCCCGACGCCGCCAAGCCUGAGGACUGGGAUGAAGAUGCUCCCGCUCAGAUUCCAGACGAAGACGCUGUGAAACCGGACGGCUGGUUGGACGACGAGCCCGAGUACAUCGGAGAUCCCGACGCCGUCAAACCCGAGGACUGGGACGAGGACAUGGACGGCGAGUGGGAGGCGCCUCAGGUCCCCAACCCGGCUUGUGAGACCGCCCCCGGCUGUGGCGCCUGGAAACGCCCCACCAUCGACAACCCCAACUACAGGGGCAAGUGGAAGCCGCCCAUGAUCGACAACCCCAGCUACCAGGGCGUCUGGAAGCCGAGGAAGAUCCCCAACCCGGCGUACUUCGAGGACCUCCAGCCGUUCAGGAUGACGCCGUUCAGCGCUGUCGGUCUGGAGCUCUGGUCCAUGACCUCCGACAUCUUCUUCGACAACUUCUUCAUCACCAACGACCGCAACACGGCCGAGCGCUGGGCCUCUGACGGCUGGGGGCUGAAGAAGGCAGCAGAAGGCGCCGCCGAGCCCGGUCUGGCCGCCCAGAUGUUGAACGCUGCAGAGGAACGUCCGUGGCUGUGGGUGGUCUACGUCCUGACCGUGGCGUUACCGCUGGUCCUCAUCAUUGUGUUCUGCUGCACCGGGAAGAAGAAAAGUCCAGCGACGCCGGCGGAGUACAAGAAGACGGACGAGCCUCAGCCGGAUGUGAAGGAGGAGGAAGAGGAGGAGGAGGAGGAGGAGAAGGCUGAAGAGGCUGAGAAGAGCAGUCCAGAAGCUGCAGAGGAGAAGAGCGACGGAGAGGAAAGUCCUGCAGAGAAAGAGGAAGACGAAGCCGAGAAGGAGGAAGAGAAGGAGGAAGAGAAGGAGGAAGAGAAGGAGGCCACGGCCGACGAGAAACUGGAGGAGGACAUUCUGCGGAGAUCUCCCAGGAACAGGAAGGUCAGAAGGGACUGAUAUCUGAAUCCACAGCCCUGACCUCCUCACCUCCCCGACUCCCCUCCUCAGACAUCUCCUCCUCCUCCUCUUCUUCUACCACGAGGCGAUGGAGCCCGAACGGAUUCAGUGGAAGCAGCGAAGCCGAAAGGAAACUAAUCGAGAUCUCUGACGUGGACGCCUGACGAUGAUUCCAGUAUGAACGGGACUAAGUUAGCGUGAUUUAGAGGAUUUUUGUUUUUGAAAGAGAUUACCUUCCUGCAUCAUUCCUAAGCACCACCUGAGCAGACUCCAACCUGCCGGGCCGAUGUUCUGCUUGCCCAACCGCCACCCUGAGCUAGCAGCUGCCUAAUUAGCCUUUUGGCAGCAUGCUAAUAGUCUCUUGGGAGAUGAUUUAGGUGUUUUGGUUUGAGGUUGCCUGCCAUGAGUUUCAUUAGCCUACUAGCAGCCAGAUUGUUUAGCCACCAACUGUCAGGUCGGUUCUGCUAAUUAACCUGCCACAAGUCUUGCCUAAAUAGUCUUCAAACAGAUUUGUUUGCAGUCGACACGUAGUACCAGUAGCUCAGCAGCAGCCGCGUAUACUGAGGCUAGCAGCAUUCACUACAAGUCUAGCUAUAAAAGGCUACUGAAAAUACGUCGCUAAUUAGCCCCUAGACAGAAAUAUUGGUUAUUGAAAGCUUACAUUGUGAAUUAGCUUGCUAAUUAGCCUGAUAACACGAGUAGCAGUCAAGAUUUGAUCCAAAACGUUCAGAGAUUUACUUCUCAAAAGUCAUAAAUGAUGAAGGAAGGAAAACAAAAAUCCUCCUCAUGGGCCUGUUUAAAUGGCUAAUAAGUUGCUAAGUAGCUCCAGACAGAAUAUCUGGCUAGCAGCAGCUUACAAUGUGAAUUAGCUGAGUAAUUAGCCUAACAACACUAUCAGCAGUAAGGGUUUUCCUACAGAAGAUCCUGUUACAUAGCCUACUGAUUAAAUGCUAACUGGGCUAACAGUCAGGCUAACCUUGCCAAGCCUCUUUAAAUAGCUAAUAAGUUGCUAACUAGCUCCUGACAAAAUAUAUGGCUAGCAACAGCGUACAAUGUGAAUGGACCUUGUAAUUAGCCUAAUAACACUAUCAGCAGUAAGUUACAUUGCCUACCGAUUGAAUGCUAACUGGGCUAACAAUCAGGCUAACCUCACCAAGCCUCUAUAAAUAGCCCAUGAACAGAUAGCUAAUCUGGUAGCCUACAGUUUGAAGUAACAGUCUUCCUGCUCAGGCUAGCUAGAGUUGGCUAACUAGCCAGCUAUAAUGACGCUAAUUAAAAUGGUCAGAACCAUCCAACUAGAACUUUUGGCUAAUUAGCUACGGAGAUGAAGCUAAUCCUCAACAACUUUCCAGUUUGUUGUGCUAGCAGUUAGUGUGUUGGCAGAUUCACAAGCGAACAGGUGUUGGGUCUUUUUUAGCUUUGUAGGUUUCUGGAAAUGAGCCUGUUGGUAGUUACAAUGAUAAUUUAACAGAAGUGUAGCUAAUUAUCCAGCUAAUUAGCUCAUCAGCAAUCUAAUGCUGCUAUUGGUGUUAACUGCCAUCCCCCCACUUCGACUACAAACGGACUGCUAUUUAACAAACUCUUCAUAACCUAACAACAACUAGCUAAUUAGCCAGAAAGAAGCUAACAGCUGCCCUGUUGACAAAAUGCUAAUUCACAAGAUAACAGUUGAUUUAUUAGCCUUUUCUGAGUCUGGAAAUUAGCCUGCCUGCAGUUAAAUUGAUCCCUGGGAGUUCAGCUAGCAAAACGAUUGCUAGUUAGCCUGCUUAGUACCAAUUUGGCUGCUGGUAUUGCUAUUGAAAUUGGCAAACGGGAUGCCAGUUAGCAUCACAAGCACCUGUGUUUGUAAAAAUGCUAAUUCGCAAGCUAACAAAUGACUUAUUGGUUGCUAACUAGCUUAUGAGCUACUUGUACUGUCCUGAUGAGAAGAAAAUCUGGCUGCUUGUACUGCAAAUUAAAGUAGCGACUACAAACGGGCGGCUAACAACUAGCUACUAACAGUUUCUAGAGUUUAUAAAUUAGCCCGCUAGCUGCCUGAAGUAACCCAGAACGUAGAGAUUCGCCCGAGUGGUGCCGAGCUGAUAUUUAAGAAAUACUUAACUGGGAACACUCCGACUAUCUCUUCCUCCCGCCCUUGGUCUUUUUUCGUCUCUUUAUUUCUUGUGAUAUAAAAAAUAAAUAAGCGUGUUUUUUCCGAAGCAGUUAGCUGCAUGUUAGCGCCACUGGAAACAACAUAAACGAGUCUCCUCAGUGUUUUUCAGCGGCAGAGGUCGAUGGCCCAAACCGGUCCAAACUGAUCUGAACCAGUCCAAACCGGUCUGAGCUUUGAAUUGUGCCGUUUCUUCAGAUGCCUGCUGCGCUUGUUGUCUUCUGAACUGGUCGAAACCGGUUGUAGCUUUGAAUCAUGUCGUAUCUUCAGAUUUCUGCUGCGUUUGUUGUCCAACUUUGUGGUUUAGAUGUUGUCGGAUCAGCGACGCAGGUGACUUCUGACACUAAAAACCUUUUCACACCCUCUUCAUGUUUCUGUAGAUUUCACUUCAUGUUGUUGUCUUUGAGGUUUUAGUUCAAACUGGGUUAUUUCAACCAAAAUCUCGUCUUCACAGCGACAUUUUUACAAUAAAAGUCUUCCUACCAGCGCACCGGAUGGUCUCGAGGAACUUUAACCCUCUGAACUCUCGUCUCGUUUUCUCAUUUUGCACUGCUAUUAGAAACAUCCUGACACAGUUCCAGUACCAGAAAAGCAUAUUUAUGGAUAUUUUGCCAUUUGUACUUUAAUUUUCCUUCGAUUUUUGGCUUCACCCAGUCUGGUUAAAGCCAAAUACUUAACCAGAUUGUGUGAAAAAACUAAACUGUGCAGAGUUAAGUUUUGAUGAAUUUUGUAAAUUAGAUGUGUAGAAAACAGUAGGGCUGGACCCGAAUAUCGAAAUAUUCGUUCGCUACGGCAGUAUCCGGAUAUUAAUUUUGGUAUCCGAACCCCCCCCCCCCCGGAUAUUUGAAUAUUCAGAGGCCAGAAACCACUAUUCGGGCCAGCCCUACAAAACAGUUUGUUUAAAGUUCCUAAAAGUUCUUGCUCUGUUUGUGCGGUUUCCACCUGAUGAAAUAAAUCUAAUUUUGUCAAUUUUUCUGGGUUCAGAGGGUUGAUGAGACGUUUGGAGUUGACUUUUGUUUGUUGGGACUGAACAUAAAAUAAAAAUAGUUGCACUAUAGGAACAAAGAAACACCUCCACCAAUCAGACAACUUCCUUUGCAAAAUUAAAUCUUAGCUGCCGAUGAAGACCUGGGGGAAGAACGGCUAGUAAGGGGAGUUGCAGUUACUGUCGGCGACCACAGGUGGCGCCAAACUCACCUGAAGAAACUUAAACUCGUCAUGUGACCCGAAAACAGCUGCCGAUUGGUUCCAUUGAAAUUAUUUCAUGGACACUGUCGUGUGGCUGGUUUGUGUAAAUUUAAAAUAUCUAAAAAAUCAACAGACAAAUCGGUAAGAUGUUAAUAAUAAUCCAUAUUUAAAAAAGAAAUCUCAUUAAAUAUAUGUUUAAUAUGAUUUUUUUAAAGCACUUUUGUUGUCAUUUGAGCUGAAACUGUCAAUUAGAUAAAAAUCAGAAAUAAAGAAAAUUAGAACCAAAACUUUUUUUUUCUUCUGUGAUAAUUUUAGAUUUUUAAAAAAUUUUUAAUGUUACAUUUUUUUGAUUCAUCAGCCAAAGGAUUUAAACUGUCCGUGAAGCAGAAGUCGGAGCUGAUUCCGGUUUAUCGACCUUCCCCACAGCGCCACCCUCAGGAUGUCUGCAGUUUCUGUCCAUUAAUUGUAAAACGGAGUCCAGUGUUCUGAUUGGUGGUUAUUGAUCAGGGGUCUGAUUGUGUCUUUGUGUCAAUGUCUGUCUCCGUGUCGUUUCAAACUCCGACUGGGAUUGGCUUGUCCCGCCGGAGAGCUCCACUGUGAUUGGCUGGUGGGACUUGACAGGUUCAGACAUUUAUUGGAGCUGCUUCCUUAACGUCUGGGAGAAGUUCCUCUUGUUCUUCAUCCUCCUCUUCCUCCUGCUGUCGUCCGAUCGGUCCGGCUGAAGCUGCCUGGCUCCCAGACUGUAGAUGAACACUGUAUCUGCUGGUGAAACCUCUGUAACUCUGCUUUUUAUUUCUGUGUUUGAACUAAUGUCCGGCUGACCGACACCGAGCUCCAGCUCUGAAUGAAACGCUGUGAUGAUGGAGCCCUGUGUGUUUGUCUGUCUGUGUGUCUGUCUGUGUGUCUGUUUGUGUGUCUGUUUGUGUACAGACACGCAGUCAACAUUUGUUUUGAUGAAUAAAAAAAGGCCAAAUGGA